AAAGUUAAAAAGAUAUUUAAAAAAAAAAAGUUAUUUGGUCGACACUAUUUAUCGACCCAUAGACAGACACCAUUCCAGCUUUCCUCUCUUCCCUUCCUAAAUCCCUAAUUCCGAAGAAUCUAAGCUCGACAGAAAGGAGGUUUCGGGAGAUGGCAUCGAAACGGAUUUUGAAAGAGUUGAAGGAUCUCCAGAAGGAUCCUCCUACUUCUUGUAGCGCAGGACCUGUAGCUGAAGACAUGUUUCAUUGGCAAGCUACCAUAAUGGGUCCAUCCGACAGCCCUUACUCUGGUGGUGUUUUUCUUGUUACCAUUCAUUUCCCUCCUGAUUAUCCCUUUAAACCUCCUAAGGUGGCUUUUAGGACGAAGGUGUUCCACCCAAACAUUAACAGCAAUGGGAGCAUCUGUCUCGACAUCUUGAAGGAGCAGUGGAGUCCUGCCCUUACUAUCUCCAAGGUGCUGCUAUCGAUCUGUUCGCUGUUAACGGAUCCAAACCCGGAUGAUCCCUUGGUUCCGGAGAUAGCUCACAUGUACAAGACAGACAAGACCAAGUACGAGUCCACUGCUCGGACCUGGACCCAAAAGUACGCCAUGGGCUGACGCUGUGUUAUUAUCUAUCUGUCCGUGAGGAUGAAUUUUAAUAAUUAAAACUCUUCUUUAUUUCUAUGUAAUGAAACUCUGUCCGUCUUAUAAAAAAAUUGUGAAGGACAGAAUCAGUAAGAAAUCAUACGAUCUCCAUUUUCAUCACA